CCAAAAAUCACCGCUUUUAAGUUUUAAUAAAUCUUCGUUUAAUUAAUUAAUUAACUUUCUUUCCUAUUUCCGAAAUCUCAAAACCCAAAAACAAAAAACAAUGAUCUUCCCCUUUCCCUAGUAAUCUCAGACCACCAACCCAACCCCUCCACAAAAAGAACACCACACAAAAACCUCAGACCGCCCGUACUGUAGCAUCGUACACACACAUUCACUGCGUGUUUGUGUGUGUGUGUGUUUUUCAUCUGGGUUUUUUUUUUCGCUGUUAGUAAUAAAAAACCGGAUGGUGGGUUUUGGUUUUUCCUCUGGUUUAUCCGCCAUGGACUUGAAAAAACUCGCAUUCCCAGAUCAGAUUCUCUCAUCUCCAAGAAGGAAGGUAGUUUCGCCGUUUGGUUUCGGAGUUCUGUUAUCUUUCAUCGUUUUCUGUGCAGUAUUGUUUAACAUCUCAUCCAAAGGUCCGUUAUCUAACCCAGUAUUUCAAGGGCUGUACAGUUUCGGUUCCCGUAAAAAUAGCUCUUCCAUUUCUUGGCCCUUUUCUGGUGUAUUUAAUAACUCUACUGCAAAUGGUGGUAAUGAAACUUCGACUGUCAAUAGUUUGAAUGAAACCCUCUUGCCGAAUGUGGCGGUGAGUAAUAAAAGUCUGGAUUUAAUCGAAUCUGGAGAAAAGGGGAAUGUUUUUGAGAAAGCCCAUUUGGGGAAUGAGUCGAAAAAUGGAAGCUUUAGUAAAUUAAAUGGGUCUCAGCCUGUUAAAAAUCCAGUCUUGGUGAGUGAUAGUGUGAACGGAACCGAAUCGGGUGUCAAUGAGUCGAAAAAUGGAAGCUUUAGUAAAUUAAAUGGGUCUCAGCCUGUUAAAAAUCCAGUCUUGGUUAUUGAUAGUGUGAACGGAACCGAAUCGGUUGUCGGGGAUUCUGUUAACGGUGAUUGUUCGGGGAGGGAAGACUCCGGUGGGAAUUCGUGUUUGCCGAAAAUCGAAUCUUCGGGUAAUGGUAGAUCUUACAAGAACUGUGACAUCUUUAAUGGUAAAUGGGUGAGGGACGAUUCGAAGCCAUAUUAUCCGCCGGGUUCAUGCCCGUAUAUCGAUCGGGAUUUUGAUUGCCACUCUAACGGGAGGCCGGAUACCGAAUUCGUGAAAUGGAGAUGGCAGCCUUUUGAUUGUGACAUGCCUAGGUUAAACGUGACUAAUUUUCUCGAGAUACUUAGAGGGAAAAAGCUCGUUUUCGUCGGAGAUUCUCUAAACAGGAACAUGUGGGAAUCUCUGGUUUGCGUACUUCGCCAUGGCGUUGAAGACAAGAACCGUGUUUAUGAAAUAUCCGGGAGGCACGAGUUCAAAAAGAAAGGCUUUUACGCUUUCAGAUUUGAGGAUUAUAACUGCUCGAUUGAUUUCGUUAGCUCUCCUUUCCUUGUCAAAGAAUCAUCCUUUAAUGGGAAAAACGGCUCUUUCGAGACACUGAGACUCGAUUUAAUGGAUGGUACAACAUCCAUGUACCAUGAUGCUGAUGUCAUCAUAUUCAAUACCGGCCAUUGGUGGACUCAUGAGAAAACCUCUCGUGGGGAAGGGUAUUACCAAGAAGGUAAUCAUGUACACCCAAGACUUAAAGUUUUGGAAGCGUACAAAAGGGCGAUCAUCACAUGGGCAAAAUGGGUCGAUAAGAACAUCGAUAGCAACAAAACCGAAGUUAUUUUCCGAGGAUAUUCCGUCACUCAUUUUAGGGGUGGACCGUGGAAUUCGGGGGGUCAGUGCAACAAGGAAACCGAGCCAAUAUUCAACGAUACUUAUUUAGCAAAGUACCCUUCGAAAAUGAGGAUUCUUGAAUACGUGCUCAAGGAUAUGAAAACACCCGUGACUUAUUUAAAUAUAAGCCGGCUCACGGAUUAUAGAAAAGACGGCCACCCUUCGGUUUACAGACCGGAUUAUCAAACGGCACAGCAAGAAGUGCAUGCGCAAGACUGCAGCCACUGGUGCUUGCCAGGUGUACCGGAUACUUGGAAUGAGUUGCUUUAUGUUUCUCUCUUGAAGAGUGUACUUGGAUCUUUGCGAAACUGAAAAUUCGUUGUUUUUUCGGUGUUCGGUUUUUUUCUUUUUUUUUUUUAAUGUGUAAUUCCCACUUAUUUUUAAUAUUUAUUAUCGUAAAUAGUCGGAAAGAUGGCCCGUGUAUUUAAUUUUAUCUCGAAUCGAAAUGUAUCAUGUUUUAACUUUUGUAACAUUAUAUUGAAGCAACACACACACAUAUAUGUAAAUGAAAUUUGUUUUGUGGGAUAAUAAAA